AUGGCUAAAUUUGAAUCAUCUACGGUUGUGAAACGAAAAUUAUGGGCCGAGUUUGGUAAAAACACGCCUGGUGAAACCACUAUUAGAGAAACAUUUCAACGCUUUUGCGAAACUGAAAAGAUUGACGAAGUUGCUGAAGUUAUUGAAAAUGAACCACAAUCGAGCGUUCGAUCUGUUGCAACAGCCUGCUCUAUUUCACGAACAACAGCACAUCAAAUUAUGACUGAACAUCUGUCAUUGAAACCGUACAAGGUGCAAUUUGUACAAGAACUUUAUGAAGAAGAUAUGCAAGACAGGGUUGAGAUGUGUAAAACUCUGAUACCAAUGCUAGAAGAUAAUCAUAUUCAACAAAAUUUAUUCUUGUCAGACGAAGCAACCUUUUAUUUAAAUGGAUUAGUCAAUAAACAUAAUGUCAGAUAUUGGUCUGAAACGAAUCCACAUGUUACUAUUGAAACAAUUAUGAAAUUUCCUAAACUCAACGUUUUGUGUGCUAUGUCAAAAAAUUAA